AUGUUUUCUGUUCAAAUCUAUUUACCUCUUUUCAUUGUGGCUGUUGGCAUUGUUCAUUCAAAAUUGUACAUUAAACGGACAACGGUGCCAAAACACUGGAUUAAAUCAUCUGAAAAGUCACCGUUAAAUCAUACAAUCACAUUUUAUUUAGCAUGUAAACAAGAUGAAAAAUCAUUACAGAAAUUGGAAUCGAUAUUUUGGCAAAUUACCGAUCCUGACAGUGAUCAAUAUCAACAAUGGUUAACGCGUAGGGAAAUCAAUUCAAUUUUAAAACCGCAUUCAAAAGGAUAUUCAACAAUUCAAAAAUGGUGUAAAAAGUCAUUUAACUGCAUGUUAGAUGAAGUGAAAAUAAUUGGAACAGAUACAUUUCAAAUUACCACAACUAUUGAACAUGCAUCGAAAUUGUUUUCAACACAAUUCUAUACUUAUACCCAUGUCAGUAAUGUAAAACGAAAAAUUUAUCGAACUUGGGGACAGUGUGACUUGCCGGAUGAAAUACAUUUAUAUGUUGAUUUAAUUGUUGGAUUAACCGACUUUCCAAUAGAAAAGGCUGUCAAGGUUAAAUCAUCUCAAAUAUUUGCUGCUGGUGCUGAUUUUCAAUCGUUCUCAAACACACAUCCCCCAUAUGACUUGAUCGUGCCGCAAUUCAUCAUUGAUUAUUACAAUAUUCCAAAUAUUGCAAAAACUGGUUUACCGCGAAAUGUAUCGCAGGGAGUCGUUGAAUUCUCCGGUCAAUAUUAUGAUGAACAUGAUUUACAAUUGUAUUCAGAAACACUAAAUAUUCCAUAUAAACCUCUUGCUCCUGAACAUAUUAUUGGAACAAACGAUCCAACCCAUCCAGGUAUUGAAGCACAAUUUGAUAUUGAACAAGUCAGUAGUAUUAAUCCAUUGGCUGAUAAUUGGUUUAUUAACUAUGAUCCAAAUGGGGAUAGUUAUUUAUAUACGACUACGAUGAAUUUAAAUCAAUUAGAUGAUCUGCCUCAAGUGCUAUCAAUAUCCUAUGGUGGCGAUGAAUUAGGCGGCGUCUGUAAUCAAACCAUCGACUGUAGGACAUUCAAUACAAGCAGCGAUAGAGAAGUGAUAUUUAUACAACGUACCAAUAUUGAAUUUAUGAAACUUUCAAUGAGAGGCAUUAGUAUUCUGAUAGCAUCUGGUGACGUUGGAGCAAAUACUGGCAUAAACUGUACCGAUAAAAUAUUUUCUCCAAUUUAUCCAGCUACAUGUCCCUAUAUAACAUCUGUUGGCGGUACAGAAUUAAUCAAUAUUGAAUAUAAUCAUUUGAAUGAAACGCCUCCUGCAUGCUCAUUUAUCACACCUCCAGUGCAGUGUAUAUCUAAUGGUGAAGAAGUAGCUGUUGAUUAUGGUAAUACCGGUUAUACAAGUAGCGGUGGAUUUUCCCGUCUCAUUCCACAACCAAUCUAUCAACAACGAGCUGUCCAACAAUAUUUCGGUUCGAUAAAGUGUAACGAUAGUAUUCAACGAUAUCCAUCGUCGUCAAUGUAUAAUUCUUCCAAUCGUGGAUUUCCAGAUGUUGCUGCAUUUGGUACUAGUGGCUACCUUUUUUAUAAUAAUAGUUACGGCGCGCUAUUUGGUACAAGCAUGUCAGCACCAAUUUGGGCUGGAAUUGCAUCGAUUUUAAAUUCCUAUGCUCUUGAACGAACAAACAAAACAUUGGGCUUUCUUAAUCCGCUAUUGUAUAAGAUGGCACACGAAGAACCUAAUGUUUUUUUAAAUGAUAUAAUAGUCGGUGACAACAAGUGUUCAUGGGUAUCCAUUGGAGGUAUAUGUACAAAUCAAUGUCAAGGUUUUCAGGCUGGUCGUGGAUGGGAUCCAGUAACAGGCCUAGGCAGCCCAAACGUUGGAAAAAUGUUGCAAUUUAUCGACAGAUUUUUAGAAAAAAAGAUAGCUCAGAACAAGAGAAAGAAAACAAUGAAACAGAAUGAUUAUAGACAGGAAUAUCACUAA